AGUGAAUAGCUACAUCAACAUUUAAUUAUAGAAUGGGACUAAAACUGAAGUAAGUAGUGAGCAAAUUCAUAAUAUGUAAAUUGUAGGGACCCAAACCAAUUUUAAACCUUAACAUUUAACAAAAUCUGAGUGAGCGAACCACUCAAUACUCAUCCAAACUCCACACCCAGCGUCAGCAACCUCCGCUUGGCCGCCCCUUCCUUCUUUUCAGUGUUACAAUGUUCUUUGUAAGAUUAAGGAGCUUUCACUCUUUUCCUAAUCUCUCUUUUCUUCGUAACUUUCACUCUCACUCUCAGCCCCAUUCAUUUCACAAUCCUGGUGAUGCUGUCUCCUUCUUCAAUCGCUUACUCCAAAUGCAUCCUACCCCACCCAUCUUCGAAUUCGGCAAGGUUUUAACUUUCCUCGUCAAGACGGAGCAUUACUCCACCGCUAUAUCCCUUUCUCGCCAAAUGGAAUCUAGUGGAAUUGCGCCAAACAUUGUUACUCUCAGCAUUUUGAUCAAUUGCUACUGCUACCUAGGUCAAAUUACUUCAGCCUUUUCUGUACUGGCCAACAUUCUCAAGAGAGGUUAUCAGCCUGAUACCACCACUUUGAAUACUCUCAUCAAAGGUCUCUGUCUUCACGGCAAGCUCCACAGAGCUCUGCAAUUUCAUGAUGACGUGCUGGCAAAGGGAUUUCUGUUGGAUCAAGUCAGUUACGGGACCUUGAUCAAUGGGCUAUGUAAAAUUGGGGAAACAAGAGCUGCUUUGGAGUUGCUUAGGCAGAUUCAAGGGCGAGGGAUUAAACCUAAUGUGGUAAUGUACAGCACCAUCAUUGAUAGCCUGUGUAAAGAUAAACUUGUAAGUCAUGCUUGCAAUUUAUUUUCUGAAAUGCUUGCCAAGGGAAUAUCUCCUAAUGUUGUCACGUACAGUGCUUUAAUAUAUGGCUUUUGCAUUGUUGGUCAAUUGAAACAAGCAAUUCGUUUGUUAGAUGAAAUGACUAUGAAAAACAUCGACCCAAAUAUUUAUACUUAUAAUAUAUUGGUCGAUGCUUUAGGUAAGGAAGGGAAGGUGAGAGAAGCUAAGAACAUGUUAGCUGUGAUGAUGAAACAGGGUGUGAAACCUAAUGUUGUUACUUAUAGUUCCUUGAUGGAUGGGUAUUGCCUAGUUAAUGAAGUAAGCAAGGCCAAAUAUAUAUUCUGCGAAAUGGCUCAACGAGGAGAGACUCCAGAUGUUCAUAGCUACAAUAUCAUAAUCAAUGGACUAUGUAAGAUUAAAAUGGUUGAUGAAGCCUUGAAUCUCCUUGCAGAAAUGGAUUACAAAAAGGUUGUUCCUGAUACAGUUACCUACAAUUCUCUUAUUAAUGGUUUAUGCAAAACAGAGAGAGUCUCUCAUGCUUGGGAGCUCAUGGAUGAGAUGCAUGUUAAAGGUCAACCAGCUAAUAUAAUCACUUAUAAUUCUUUAGUAGAUGCAUUAUGCAAAAGCCAUCACUUUGACAAGGCAAUUGCAUUAAUGAAGAAAAUCAAAGACCAGGGUAUUCAGCCAAAUUUAUGGACAUACAAUAUACUUAUGGAUGGACUAUGCAAAGCUGGAAGACUUAGGAAUGCGCAAGAGAUUUUUCAGGUUCUUGUGACUAAAGGCUAUCAUAUAGAUGCCGUUACUUAUAAUGUUAUGAUCAGUGGGCUUUGUAAAGAAGGCUUGUUUGAUGAAGCGUUGGCCUUACUGUCAAAAAUGGAAAAUGAGGGAUGUAUUCCAAAUGCUAUAACUUUUGAAACAAUUAUUCAUUCACUCUUUGAAAAAGGUGAAAAUGACAAGGCUGAGAAACUUCUUCGUGAAAUGAUUGCUAGAGGUCUACUGGAAAAAAUUUAGAUACACACGGAAAAGGAUGAUGGACUACACAAUGGGCUCACUUUCUCCAUAGCUAAAAGUCAUGUGUUCUUACUUGUUAGGUUCAUUUUGAUAUUUGAUAUUGUAACAAUAACAAUGAUUGAUUUGUUCAUUAUGAGUAUUGACAUAACUAUCCUUUUGGUAAGAGAAGCUUCGUUGCAGUGGUUGGAGUUGUUUUAGUGUGACUAGGAGGCCUCAUAUUCAAUAGAACCAAUCAAUCCCAAAUGCAAUGUAAGGAGGAUGCCUAUAUAGACGCACAAAUAACCAUCGUUGUUUUUUCUCAAUGUACUGUCAAUGUGCUUCAUCUACAAAGCUUAAAGAAGCAUCAUUACUUGAAACCAGACAUGAUUAAGUUGAUUUUAUUCCCCAAAUUGGAUAUUAGAAGUUAGAACUUGAUAUUUCUUUUGCAGUAUAUUUCUUGUAUAUAUUUUAUAGAAUGGGAACAGAAAAGUAAACAUGAAGUUUAUUGUUUUAGUAAUAGUGUCGACUGUUGUCCGAUGAAAAAAGUGCUGCCAUCAUCUGAUGUAAAUCCUGAUGCGGCUAUACCAGCUCAG